UUCAUUCGGAAUCAUUGUCAAGUGCAAUCUGCAGCAGCAGCAGCACCAGCAACAGCAACAGCAGCACCAGGAACAACAGCUACAGCAGCAACACAGACAGCAGCAACAUCAUCUAGUACAUCGGAAAUAGGAGCGUUAGCCAAGUCACUUACAGUAUAAACAGCAGACGAGAGCCAAUAAAAUGCUGGCCAGCGAGAACUUUCCCACACAUCACUUCAAGGAAUCUAUAUUUAAGCCCUACAGUACAAGUGGCGAUGAUUUGGCAAGCGUUACCCCAUUGACAGCCGCGGCAGCAUUGGUGGCGACCACGUCCUCACCGGCUGAUUCCUCCUCCGCAGUUGCAUUCGAGACGGCCAGCAAAAUGUUAGCCACCAAUAAUAAUAAUAACAAUAUCACGAGCGCCAAGGAUGAUCUGUCCAGCUUUGUGGCCAGCCAUCCGGCGCCAGAGUUCGAGGGCUUCAUCCGCGCCUGCGUCGACGAGAUCAUCAAGCUGGCCGUCUUCCAGGGCACCAAUCGCUCCUCGAAGGUCGUCGAAUGGCACGAGCCAGCGGAGCUGCGCCAGCUCUUCGACUUCCAGCUGCGGGAGAAGGGUGAAUCGCAGGACAAGCUGCGCGAGCUGCUGAGGGAGACGAUCCGGUUCUCCGUCAAGACGGGACACCCCUACUUCAUCAAUCAGUUGUACUCGGGUGUGGACCCGUACGCCCUGGUGGGCCAAUGGCUGACCGAUGCCCUCAAUCCCAGCGUGUACACGUACGAGGUGGCUCCACUGUUCACCCUGAUGGAGGAGCAGGUGCUCGCCGAGAUGCGACGCAUAGUGGGCUUCCCCAAUGGCGGCCAGGGCGACGGCAUCUUCUGUCCUGGCGGCUCGAUAGCCAACGGUUAUGCAAUCAGCUGCGCCCGCUACAGACACUCGCCCGAGUCCAAGAAAAACGGACUCUUCAACGCCAAACCCCUGGUUAUCUUCACCUCGGAGGACGCCCACUACUCCGUGGAGAAGCUGGCCAUGUUCAUGGGCUUCGGCAGCGAGCACGUGCGCAAGAUAGCCACCAACGAGGUGGGCAAGAUGCGGCUGAGCGACCUGGAGGAGCAGGUGAAGCAGUGCCUGGAGAACGACUGGCAGCCGCUGAUGGUCUCGGCCACAGCCGGAACCACUGUGCUGGGCGCCUUCGACGAUCUGGCUGGGAUCUCGGAGCUGUGCAAGAAGUACAACAUGUGGAUGCACGUGGAUGCGGCUUGGGGAGGCGGUGCCCUCAUGUCCAAGAAGUAUCGCCAUCUGCUCAGUGGCAUCGAACGGGCUGACUCGGUCACUUGGAAUCCACACAAGCUGCUGGCUGCCUCGCAGCAGUGCUCCACCUUCCUGACGCGCCACCAACAGGUGCUGGCCCAGUGCCACUCGACCAAUGCGACGUACUUGUUCCAGAAGGACAAGUUCUAUGACACAUCCUUUGACACCGGCGACAAGCACAUCCAGUGCGGCCGCCGAGCGGAUGUCUUCAAGUUCUGGUUCAUGUGGAAGGCCAAGGGCACCCAGGGUCUGGAGGCGCAUAUCGAGAAGGUCUUCCGCAUGGCCGAGUUCUUCACCGCCAAGGUGAGGGAGCGUCCAGGAUUCGAGCUCGUCCUCGAGAGCCCCGAGUGCACCAACAUCAGCUUCUGGUAUGUGCCGCCCGGUCUGCGGGAAAUGGAGCGCAACCGGGAGUUCUACGACAGGCUGCACAAGGUGGCUCCGAAGGUCAAGGAGGGCAUGAUCAAGAAGGGCUCCAUGAUGAUCACGUACCAGCCGCUGCGCCAGCUGCCCAACUUCUUCCGCCUGGUGCUGCAGAACUCCUGUCUGGAGGAGUCGGACAUGGUCUACUUCCUGGACGAGAUCGAAUCGCUGGCCCAAAACUUGUAAACGCCGGCGAUGGCAUGUUAUAAGGUUAGGUGUUGACUACAUUCUCUCUAGGCUUAUGCCGAUUGUAUCUUCUAGUGUAUGGUUAACUACUCACGUUUGUAUAUUCUUUUGGAUGUUAAGUAUUACCGAGAACAAAGAACAAAAUACAUAUUUAUAGGUCAUUUCAUUUAGAUUAAA